AUGUGGGUGCCGGCGGGAGGAGGAGCCCCGGGGGGGGCGGGCCUUCUGUCUCCUCUCUCGCGCGACGAGCGAGCGCCGGGGGCCGCGCGGGCGCCUGCGAAGGACGCCGGCAACCCCGACGCGCGCGGAGAGAAGAAGAAGGAGAAGGACAUGCCCAUGGAGCGCGCGAGUGUGCUCCAACUCUUUUUCAUUUCACUGGAUGGCGUCUUCGCCGCGCCGCCGCCGCUCCCUGCGAAGAGGGGCGCUGCAGAAAAGGGCAGCGCACGAAAGCAGAAGAGCGUCAAGGCAGACGAGGGGGAUGUAAGGAUGGACGAAGAGGACGAGGAUAGCGGCGACCAGACCCGCGCAGCAGGAAAGCAGGGCCAAGCCUCCGCGACGGGGAACGAAGAGGUCGACAGAGACGACCAGGUGGCCUCCAUGGCUCUUGAGGCGAGGCUGCAACUGAAUCCCUUCGACGCCGAUGCGUGGGACGCACUUCUGGAGGCGAACGAGAGCGCGGAGAUCUACGAGCGCGUCCUGGCGAGUUUCCCCACGAGUGCCAAUUACUGGCGGAGAUAUGCGGAGUCUCUCUACAGCAGCGGACAGAUCCAUGCCGCCUCUGCGGUCUACAAGCGCUGCAUCCACGCUUGUCCUCACCUAGACCUCUGGCUUUCCUAUCUGCGCUUCCUGUACCGCGUGGGCAGUCUCCACGAUUUCCUUCAGAACCUGCGAAGGGCGGUCGAGAAGGUUGGCUUUGAUCGCCGGUCGGGUUCGCUCUGGAUGGAGCUGUUGGCGCUUUACAUCCGCGUCCACAACACGCUCCUGCUGCUGAAGGGCAACACGCAGGGACUCCUCGCCGCACCCAACGUCCCUGGGAGCAACGCGAGUGGGCUGUCGGCUACGCCGCUGCUAGCCUCCGAGGAAGAGCAGCGCAGCUUCUGUCGCCCGCUGAGUGCGGCAGCCGGCUCGCUCGCUGAGAAACUCGCAGACGUGAAUAUUCUCAGAACCGCCUUCCAGCAGUGCCUCUGUACCGCGAUCGACGGCCUGGACGGCGUCUGGGCGGCGUACUGCGCGUUUGAGCGCUCCGUGGGUGUCUCCAACACGCAGCUCGCCGCGAAGCUCACUGCUGAGGCCGGGCUGCACUACGAUGCUUCCAAGCACGCCUACCAGGAAAUCGUCGCAUUGGCGAAGGAUAUCGACCCCCUCAUGCUCGCCGUCCCGCUUCACGAGGCUGCAAAAGCUCAGCAGCCGCAACUCGAAGCGUGGCGUGCGCUCCUGCGGUUUGAGAAGCGCAAUCCAUUGAGGCUGCAGGCGACGCCGCUGCUGCGACGUCUCACACACCUUUUCCAGAGUUGUCUGCUAAGCUGCGCGUUCGUGGCGGACUUUUGGAUCGACUUCUUUCAGUUGCUGCUCGCUCACAACCAUCGCCACAAAGCUGUCGAUGUUAUGCGGAGGGCGAUCGAACAGUUCCUUCCAGACGACGAGCUCCUGCACUUAGUUUUGGCGGAUUUUCUCGAGAGUCGGCGGUUGGUGAACGCGGCGGACGCGGUGUAUCGCGCGGCGCUGGCCCUACAGGCGCAGCUCCGCGCGAAUCCUUCGCAGCUCUCUCAGCUCCUUCCCGAGGCAUCUCCCCAAGGCGAGACUCCUGCCGGCGUGGCCUCGGCCGUCAUGUUGAUCCGCUACCUGGACUUCGUGCGAAGAUCGCAUGGCGAGACCGCGUGGCGAGCGAGCUUCUACGAGAUCGCGAAGCUCCAGCAGGACUGCCCGUGGGAAGUCUUUCUGGCCUACGCCGAGGCAGAGUGGCGGAUUUACCGGUCGGAGGCCAACGCACUGCGGGCGCUGCGGAUCGCCUUUCCCCGCUUCAGGCUUCACCCGCACUUCAUCGUGGCCUACGUCGACUUCCUCGUCAGCAUCAGCAGGCUCGACGCUGCCCGGGAGCUCUUUCGCGUGUCUGUAUAUACGCUGCAACGCGAGCGAGGCACAGGCAGCAGCCUGCUGUGGCGCAAAUGGAUUCGCCUGGAACUCCGCUACGGAGACAUGGCGACGCUGCAGGCGGUGAUCGACUUGCGCGCCCAGCAGCGGGCGCAGCUGCCGCUGGAAGACCCCAGUCUGCUCGAGUCGCAGGCGGGGCUCGGCGUCUCUGCGGCGGCGCUGGACGCGCCUGACGCGGCGAUUCGCGAACGCGCCGAGGUCGCGGUGUUGUGCAGCCGAAACGCGCUGGCACGGAGUGGCGGCGGCCGCGACAAGGCAGACGCCGGAGGUGUCGAGAGAGAAGACCUCGCGCGCGCCAAGGUCGCGGUGCGCCGGCGGCAGUUCAUGGGUGGAGACAGUUUGAAUGAGAUCGCAGACUGCUACCAAAUGAUGGGUCACCUGGCGCCGCGCUCGUCGCUGCUGCGCUUGUUUCUGGCGGAGGUGGAGGACGCUGAUGCUGAGGACGUCUUCGCCGCGGUCCUGGGCGAGGACGACGAGGGCCGGGGUGAGGCUUGCUUCGAGGACACAGAGGACGACGAGUGUCGCCGCGAUGGAGAGCGCAGCCAGGCAACGCGGAGAAAGACCGCCAGAAGCGGAAAGGCGCGGAAGGACGGAGCUGCGAGCGGCCGCGCGCCGCAGGAGCAGCACGGGAAGACGGACCUGGAGGGCGUAGCAGAACCCAGCGGUUCGCCAGAGGCUAGCGGCGGCGCCUCCGGCGCGGGCUACGCCAGCAAACUCUUGGCCGAAACCGCCAAGCGAAAGUUUGCAGAGAUGGCUCCAGAGAAGCCCGAGGCGGAGGCCUUUGACGGCCCUCCUGUCGACCCGCCUAAGGCCUUGUGUGAUUUGAUCGCGCUGCUCCCGAAGAAUGACAUGCGAAAUUUUGUCGACGCGGAUCUGGUGGAAUACACCAUGGCGGCGCUGAACGGAUUGGGCCUGCCUGAAGUCCCCGAAUCCGAGCGCGUGCCCAUCCCCGUGAAAGACCUGUUGGCUUUGCGUCACACGCAGCUUCAGUGCUUCAGGGCGAUGCAAAUUCAGCAGCAGCAGCAGCAGGCGGCGCUGCAGCGAGGCCCCAAGCUUUCCUCCGGCUCCGGGUCUGGGACCGACGGGCCAGGAGCAGGGCCGACGGCAGAAGAGGAGCAGGACUCGGAUUCUCGGGGGGGGCCGUCGCCGUCGCCCUUCCCGGAUCGGCGGUCUUCUUCGCGUCCGCGGCCGUUGUUCGGCGAGCGGCGUCGCGGUGAGGCGGGGCCGGACGGGCGGGGGGGGCCUCCGCGGAGGUCGGGCGACAUUCUCAGCGCGGCUCUGUCAGAUAUUUCCAGCGGAGACGACGAAGACCCUCACGCGGCGGACUUGGAGCUCUUCGAAGGGGCGGCGGAAGGGCUCGUCCCGCCUGCGUAUCUGCACCAAUUUCACCCGCACCUGCAUCCCCCGGGCCACGCGCCGGUCGCAGGGGGCCCAGCGACGCCAUGGGCGGUCGCGCACGCCGCCGGGGGCUUGCUGCCGCCAGCGGCUGCUGGGGCCCCGCCGCCUCAUGUGGCUGCAGGCGUCCGCGCGGCGGCCGGGGGCAGCGCGUACCCCCUCCCCCACCAGCAGCUUGUGUACCCUGCGCAGGAGGUUUUCGUGGGUCCGGCGCCGGGCGCGCUCCCCGCUCGCGGGGUCCCCGGCGGGGAGGCGGUUGUCGCGGGAGCGUUAGGCCCGCCUGUGUUCCCUGUCGGAGGCGCCGUCCCCCACGGCUGGAUGCUGCCAGGCGGCCCGCCGCCGGCCGCCCUCCACGGGCCUCCUCUAGGCGCCCUUCCGGCUGCCGUCCCCUACGGGCACGUGUAUCCACAUAUGCAUCCGCUGCCGGGCCCCGCAGCGCUGGGGCCUCGGAUUGACGUUCCCCCCGGGUGGCCCGCAGUCCCGGGCUUCUUGGGCGGGUUGUUCGGCGGAGCGGGUCUCCCGAAGGCCACGCGGCGACGCGCCGAGGCUGAGUGA